AUGCGCAACUUGCCCAGUCAAUUGUUGGAUGAAUUGUUUUUGGCGCAAACCAACGUCGUCAAUCAAUUCCGAGGCUCUCAAAAAGCCUUAUCACUCCAAUUUAGAAGCCAACAACAAAUACAAGAUAAUUACGAAAUUGCCACGAUGGGUGUUCCUUUCGAAGCUCUUCUUCCAUAUGGAAUCAUGCUUGCCAUGUUCGGUAUUACUGGUGCUGGAAUGUCUGGAGUUAGAGCUUUGCAAAAUGGUGGAAAGAGAGCCAGACAUUCUGUAGAUGCCUGGGACAGAGUGAUGAUGGACCGUGAUAGAAGGUUGACUGGAUUCCUUCGAGGGCAAACCGACAACCCAAGUGCUCCUCUGGGAUUCGAAUUGAAUAACCCAUGGAGACUGGAGAAGAGAUUCAUCUAGAGACUUUAGUUCAACUACUGUACAUACCCCAAACGAAUUCAAACAAGCCACAAAAAUUUAUGAUACUCGUGCCUAUAAAAGGCUUUGGAUGGCCUGGUCCAGAGAUGAUCCUAUGAAUCGAAUUAUUUGCUGAGUACAAGACUAUGUCCCUCGAUUGAAACUGCGUUUGUGAUGUUGGACAAAUUGCCUGUUUAACAAAAUGACUUCUGUAUGUUGCCUGAAGACUGCGAUGAUCAAAAUUUCUCGCCUCUACCCUCUUGUGUUUUCCCUCAUCACACUGAAUUUUUGCUACGGCAUUAUGUCAAUUUGAGUUCAACGGUGUAUGUACAUAACUGGUUCCCACUCUCAAAGAUCGUAAUACUUCAUUCUGAACUGCUGUUUGUACUGAAUUUGUUUGUCUCAUUACUUGGCAUGCAUCGAAUUUUUUCAUCAUUUCUUGCGGUGUAUGAAUGACAGUUGUAGCCGUGUGGCUAUGUGCAAUGUUGGAGCUUUCUGUGAGUCCGCAUGUCCACUUGCGAUGCCCGGAAAGUAUCGUCCUUAGAUAUUCACCCUUCUAGUACUCAUCUGAACAGGGUUUAUGUAAUUGAUCUCGGGAUCCCUCUGCUUCC